GUCAGAGACACAUCCGCCUGACUCGCGCGAGUGUUUACAUGCAGACUGGCAGAAGCAGAAUGGGGGUACUCUUAUAAAACUUUUCAGGACAUGCAGCACCCAAACUUUGAGACAAGGCACCCUCUGCAGGCUGAGGAGCAGGAGACAGGAUAUGACCCGCUGCAGAACUUCAACAGGAACCGCGGAGGAUCACUGGACAGUGGGUCAACACCAGAAUCUACAUUCCUCUCGUACAGGAAAGAGUGGGAUGAAUUGUUCCAGAACAGCAACUACCUGCCGCGCAUCAGGCAAGCAGGCAUUAAUGGCCGAUUGCGGAGCAGCCGAUUCCGGAGUGUGUGCUGGAAGCUGUACCUGGACGUGCUUCCAGAAGAUAAGACUCAGUGGAUCAACAAGACCAAGGAGCUCCGAGACCAGUAUGAGAAAAUCAAAGAGAUGCACAUCACAAACCCACGGAAAGCUGCUGGCCAACAGGACCUGGUAGUGAACAACCCUUUGUCCCAGGAUGAGGGGAGCUUGUGGAAUAAGUUCUUUCAAGACAAGGAGCUCCGGAGUAUGAUCAAACAAGACGUCAUGAGAACGUUCCCAGAGAUGAGGUAUUUCCAGGAGGAAGAUGUGAGGACAAAACUCACUGACAUUCUCUUCUGUUACGCCCGAGAGAACCAGCAGCUGCUCUACAAACAGGGCAUGCACGAGCUGUUGGCUCCCAUAGUGUUUGUGCUGCACUGUGAUCACCAGGCCUUCCAGCACGCCAGUGAAACCGCCAAUCCCAGUGAAGAGAUGAAGGAACUGUUGAAUCCCAUUUUCCAUGAACAUGAUGCCUAUGCUAUGUUCUCCCAGCUGAUGGAGACGGCAGAACCUUGGUUCUCCAGCUAUGAACGGGAGGUCAGGAAGGGUAAAGAGGAGAUGAUGACCAGCAUGCCCUUUGCCCGACCGCAGGAUGCUGGCCCGUCGGUUGCUGUAGUUACCAAAGUGAACCGCAUUCAGGAGCAGCUGGUAAAGAAGCAUGAUAUCGAGUUACACAUGCACCUCAAUCGCUUGGAGAUUGCACCGCAGAUCUACGGCAUUCGCUGGGUGCGUCUGCUGUUUGGAAGAGAGUUCCCGCUGCAGGAUCUGUUGGUGGUGUGGGAUGCUCUGUUUGCAGACAGCAUCACUCUGGACCUGGUGGACUACGUGUUUGUAGCCAUGCUGCUGUACAUUAGAGAUGCAUUGAUUGCCAGUAACUUCCAGACGUGUCUGGGCCUUCUGAUGCACUACCCAGUUGGAGAUAUCCAUUCCCUGCUGCAGAAGUCACUGUUCCUUAGAGACCCAAAGAAUAAUCCUCCGGUAAACUAUCAGUUCCAGCAGAACCUGGAUUAUUACAAAACCCGUGGUGCGGACCUGGUCAACAAGACACGUGCAAGUACUAAAGCGCCCCCCCUCAACAUAAACAAGGUCUCCAGCUCUUUGCUGAGUUUCGGCCGUAAGCUCAUCGCCCCGGCGAUUUCAGGCGGAGCUACCACCGGCAUCUCGCCAAUCAACAGUGAGGUACUGUCGGCCACGCCCAUCCCAGCAGCCACCCGCCAGUCAGCAGAGCCAGCCAGCGCAGGCCCCACCCCCUCACACUCGGCCGUGUCGCACACACAGACGCAGUCGCACCGACUACUCAAGUCUGAGAGCAUGCCUGUGCAGCUGAGCAAAGGCUACUCCUCCAGAACAGUUAGCUCCUCCCCCAGUAUUGAGAGUCUGUCUAGUGGGCGUGAUCAUGCAAUGUCGUCCCCGCCCCUUCCUGCAUCCAGGGGGCGGGACUCCAGCACGUCGUCUCCUCCCCUCUCGGCCACUAAGAAGGACUCGUUCUUCAACAUCAGCCGCUCGCGAUCCCACAGCAAGACCAUGGGCAAGAGGGAUACGGUCAGUCAACCACAGCUGUGUGUGGGCAAGAGGGAUACGGAGGAGCUGGAGAACCAGGUGUCAUUACUGCAGGGUCAGAUUAAUGACCUGGAGGCCAUGAGCAAAUACUGUGCCAAGAUGAUGAAUGUGCACAUCGGCAAAAUCCAGGAAGUGAUUUUGCAGGAGCAUCUGCAGAAAGAGGAUGAGGUUUUGGUGUCACUGGCUGGACUAAAGCAGAUAAAGGAUAUCCUCAAGGGGGCGCUGCGCUUCAACCAGAGUCAGCUGGAGGCAGAGGAGAAUGAGGAAAUCACCAUUGCAGAUGAUCACUACUGCUCCACUGGUGCCCACGCACACACACACACACACACUCACACACACCCUCACGCACCUCGGCAGAAGCCAAUGGAGCAGGAACUGGAAACUCGCCAGCUCACAAACGCUGAAAGGGGAACACCUCCAACGAUACCCCAACAGCAGGUAACAUUUACACACACACACACACACACACACACACACACGGGGACACCUCCAACAAUACUCCAACAGCAGGUAACAUUUACACACACACACACACACACACACACACCUUCAACCAUACCCCAACAGCAGGUAACAUUUACACACACACACACACACACACACACACACACACACACACGCACAUGGGGACACCUCCAACAAUACUCCAACAGCAGGUAACAUUUACACACACACACACACACACCUUCAACCAUACCCCAACAGUAGGUAACAUUUACACACACACACCAAUACACACACACUCACGUAAACAGUCACUCAGAAUAUCACAUAUAUACAGGCAGAUAAACUCUGACUAUAUCUCUGUCACACACACAUAUUUUCAUAUACUUAUACGUGCUCAUAUGUGUAAGUACACAUUUUUUUCAUACACACAUUUAUACAUAUCAACAUACACACACUCACACCCAGUCUUACACAUAGCCACAUGUAUUGGCAGGCCCCAAUUAUGUGAAACUCUCUCACACACACUCUGUGGCUGUUGUGUCCACAGGCUCCAGAGAGUCGUAACUGGGACGACUACAUCCUGGUUUCCCAGGACGGCGAGGGCG